AAGGCUCUGAGGUACGAGGUGCAAUCACUCACUGUGUAGACAGAAUGAGGAGUUAAUUUACCUCGGCCCUCACUGGCUCCCAGAUACCAGCAGGGUAGCCCUAGAUGGAGGCCGGGGAAUGGUGCGUACCCUGAGACACCUCUGCCGAAAAGUAAUCUGUUGCAAUCACCCCAAACACGGAAACAGAUGAUGACUGGUAGGUUGGAACACCUUUCCUCUUAGCUGAUUGGACAAAUGUGAUUUGGCCACGCCCCCAACUGUCAAGCCCGGCGCAGCAGGCGUGUCUUGGGAUUCCCUCAGGGGUAAAGUGCUGCACGUCCUUGGGCUGAGAGAGGUGACUUGAGCUGCAGAGGACACGAAAUGAGGGCCUUGCGGGUCUCCCAGGCUUUGAUUCGUCCUUUUAGCUCAUCUGCCCGGAGCCACUUAGAAAAUCGUGUGGCAGAGAAGCAGAAACUCUUCCAGGCCAACAACGACCUCCCAGUACACCUGAAGGGCGGAGCAAUGGACAACAUCCUAUAUAGACUGACUAUGACCCUGACGCUGGGGGGCACUGCCUACUGCUUAUACUGCCUGGGCUGGGCCUCCUUCCCCCACAAGAAGUGACACCAAGAAUGUUGGCGGACUUGCACAAACAUCAAUAAACAUGCUAGCCUCUUGAGAACCCCA